AUGCUACGCCUUUAUCACCCGGAACAACCUGAGCUUGAGUAUGAAAAUGACCAAGAUGUUAUCCCAAGGUCAAGUUUCGUUCUAGCAAGACGUUCGCCUAUUUCAGUUUACAAUGGCCGUUCUCAAAGUGCUGCAAGAUAUGUUACUGGCAGACCACGAAUCACUAAAUUCAAACCCUCAGCGAAUAUGGCACCAAGUGCAGCAGUUCACCAAGACACAGUAGUGGAUGAGACUAUAAGUGAAGAGGAUAGAAUUAAGCAGAUGUUCGAGAAUCAAUCUAACGUUUGGGCGCAAACUCAAGACGAACUUUCAACUCACAAAGUGGUGCAUUAUAAACCAGGGACUGAAGAUCUACCUCCUCCCGGAUAUGUGUGCUACAGAUGUGGAGGUAAGGACCACUGGAUUAAAAAUUGCCCCACAAAUUCAGAUCCGAACUUUGAAGGAAAGAAGAUAAAGAAGACCACGGGUAUCCCUAAGAGUUACAUGAAAACAAUUUCCAAGGAAACAGUUGAGUUUAGAUUGCAGAACCCGGAAUUGAAUGAGAGUGGGAUUCAUACAAAUGAGAAUGGGGACUUGAUUGAUGCUGAAGGAAAUACUUACAUGAUUACUGAGGAUGGUAAUUAUGUGAUGACCUUCGCAGAUUCUAAGACUUGGGCAACUUAUCAAGAGAAGCAACAAAGUGCGGCUUUGAAAGCACAACGAGAAUAUGAGCGUGAGCUUGUCAAAAAAGUCAUUGCUGAUGGAAAAACAGAGUUUCUUAACCCUCUUACAUCAGAGCCUCAAGUGUUAAAGGCGCCUAUAUUUAUGACACCUUGCUGUCAGAGUUCUGAAUCUUUGAAACUUUUGAAAAACUUCAACUAUAAUCAGACAGAAUUGGAGCAAGCACUCAUUGAAAACGACUUUCACUGUCCCAAUUGUGGUAAAGAUGAUGUGUUUAUUGAUUCGCUAGUUCAGAAUGUUAAAUUAGAGGAAGACUUGAAAACUUACAAAGCAUCCAUAGACCUAGUGGAUCCAUCCUCUAACAAGCGAUCAGCAUCAGACCUCGAGGAGAAGUCAGACAUCAAAAGACAGCACAUGAAUCCUAUGGUUGGGCUUGGAGGUAUGCCGUUUCCCAUGAUGGGAGUUCCGAUGAUGGGGAUGCCACAAAUGUUUAUGCCACAAAUGGGAUCAACAAACACAAGUCUCAAUCAGCAAAUGCCUAAUGGUGAGAAGAAGUAG